AAUCAGCUGCCAAAGCCGCGCCAGCGCACAUCGACCAUAUCGAUUAUAAGAUCCGGCGAAAAGAUUGACCUUUAAACCACAUAUAUCUCAAGAACUGGAACGCAAAGAAAGUGAAGUGAAAUGGCGGCCAAUUUGACUUGUGUGUGGAUUGCUCUGCUGCAACUCUUGAGCUUGGCUCUGGCCGAUGUCUCCCACCUGGACUUCUCGAUUGCACCUAGCGCACAGCUGGGGUACUACCGCUAUCCCGCUCCCAACAGACCAGCAGUGCAGCGAGGCCAGAGGAACCAGUACCAACAGCCUCAGCAGUAUACGCAAGUGGCCCGUCAGUUUGCCGAGCCCGCCUUGGAGCACGCCGCCUUCACCCAGGCACUGACCAGCCAGGGUUACGUAUUUGGAGCACCCUCGUCCGGCCUCCAGGUGGCUCCCUCGGCUGCACAGCCCCAGCAGUUGGCUAGGGCCUCAGCUGGUGCGGGAUCAGCCACUGGGCGCUCCAUAUCCUCCUCAUCCGUGGAUGCCAACUCCCUGAAUCUUAAGCUGCCAGUGCCCUUUGGCAUUGCUCCUCUGAAUGUGGCGCAACUGCCGCUGCAGGCUGGGGCUCCAUAUGCCAGUGUGCCCAGAACUACUGGGCUAACUUCGUAUGGAACACCGCAGAUCCAGAGGCGCUAGUCCAGCAAUCAGUGCCCAUAGAAUAGCAAUAAAUUUAAUAGUGCCAGAGCCAUCCCGACUGAUCAUCAAACUGCGAUGACUUCUGCUCUUAGUGAAUAUACAUUGAUAAUAAACUUGCCAUCUAAGCUUA